ACCAUGAUCCCGACUUUCUUCCGCAUAAUAAAAAGCAAAAACCGUCUUGGUUUCGGCAACUCCAAAAAACCAGAUCGUCCUACUUUUCCCUCUCUGUCCCACUACGCUUUACUUUGCAACCAUGGGAGAGGCUGGUCAUGAUUACGAAGUUGCCGGCGGCGGGGAGGCGGGGAAGACGGUCAGGUACGGCGUCGUAGGAGUCGGGAUGAUGGGGAGAGAGCAUUUGAUCAACCUCCACCACCUGAUCAGCAACGGGAAGCAAAACGCCGCCGUUGCUUGCAUCGCCGACCCUCACGUGCCUUCCCAGCAGCAGGCCGUGGAGUUGGCCCGAUCCUUCGGCUGGACCGGCCUCCAGGUGUUCGCGGGCCACAAGGAGUUGCUGGACAGCGGGUUAUGCGACGUGGUGGUUGUUUCAAGCCCAAACAUGACCCACUUCCAGAUUCUGAUGGAUAUUAUCCAUCACCCCAAGGCCCACCACGUACUUGUCGAAAAGCCCCUAUGCACCACCGUUGACCAGUGCAAAAAGGUUGUAGAUGCAGCAAAGAAGAGGCCAGACAUGCUAGUCCAGGUCGGACUGGAGUACCGGUACAUGCCUCCAGUUGCGAAGCUGAUCGAGAUUGUCAAAGGUGGAUCUCUAGGGCAUGUGAAAAUGGUGGCAAUCAGGGAGCACAGGUUCCCAUUUCUUGUCAAGGUUCAUAACUGGAACAGGUUCAAUGCCAACACAGGGGGAACUCUGGUGGAGAAGUGCUGCCACUUCUUUGAUCUCAUGAGGCUGUUUGCUGGAGCAAAUCCUGUUCGGGUGAUGGCUUCUGGAGGUAUAGAUGUUAACCACAAGGAUGAAAUCUAUGAUGGGAAGGUACCUGAUAUUAUCGACAAUGCCUUUGUGAUUGUCGAGUUUGAUAACGGGUCCAGAGGGAUGCUUGACCUUUGCAUGUUUGCUGAAGGGAGCAAGAACGAGCAAGAAAUAUCUGUUGUUGGAGACAUUGGAAAGGGAGAGGCUUUCGUACCUGAGAGCAUAGUGCGGUUGGGUGCAAGAUUUGUUGGUAGAGCUGGUGUAAAGACCCUGAGAGCUGAGGAUGAGAGAAUAAAAUACGAUGGCUUGCAUCAUGGAUCAAGCUACUUGGAACACCUCAACUUUUUGGCUGCAAUAAGAGCUGAAGGUGACAAAGUUCCAGCUGUGGAUUUGAAAGAUGGUUUGAUAUCAGUAGCUAUUGGAGUUGCAGCACAGCUUUCCAUUGAGGAGGGCCGAUUUGUUAGAAUAGAUGAAGUCACGGAUGGAAGUUUCUGCAGAACAUAUACAUGAGCUUCCACUCUCCUCGUCAAAUGUUUGACUAUAGGAAUGCUGUAAUUGCUAUAUAAAAGACUGGUGAAGUUCCAAACAACUAGUUCUGCCUUCUUCAUGCGUCAAUCUUCACUUCUCUGCUGCUGUGGUCCUGCACUGAUUCAUUCAUCUUCGAUGCACCUGUCGAAUCUUGGUAGGGAAGCAUGAAUUUCUAAUACUGCUGAAUAAAGGGCCAAUGGUGGA